CGCGGCUCUGGUAGGAUCUCCCACUAGCAAAUACUCGUUGAUGACUCCAUACCCAACCAGGCGAACAAUCUAGAAGGGAUCGAGGAAUUCGUGACCCAUCGGGAUCCCGGGGACCUAAAAAAAUUGAAGCUAGACUAGAGGAUGCUAUCCGUCGUGGCUGGCUCAAGAUCUCUCUCUCCACUUGAGAUGGAACCAUCUUGAAAUCUUCAUAUUCCCGAUCAGGGAAGACGCUGAAUGUUCCUGGUGGAUUACUUACUUACCGGUCUCGGUCGCGUGGACGACUAAGCUUUGAUCGUGUCACUGCCGUACGAGGAGGUUAAAAUGUCCUGUCGCUCCGUGCCUGGUCGCGCCUACCGAUUACAUACAUGAGCAGCACAGUAGCCUGCGGACUAUUGAACACUACGACCUAUUCCAUGUCUGCGUGGGACCCCGAUAAUGUGAAGAUGGGAUCUCUUGUGAUCGUAGCUACGGGGCGUAAUCGCUGUUCUGCUGUGGAGCGAAAACCUUCCUGUCUGAGACUGGCCGAAUUGGGAGAUCCGGUCGAUCGCCCUCGAUUCCUCAGGACAACAACUCACUAGAUUCAGACAACUACCAUGGAACGGAGCUCUGAGGAACGAGCUCUACCUGUCACAUGCAAUGGGACAUAGCGGCCACCGACUGGAUCGCAAUUGGCAAUGCCAUUCCUGUCACCUAUCGAGGCUCACUCGGGGAUUAUCUGACAUUUCCGCUGACACGGUGACCAUGGGAUAAAUCGUCUGCCG